GCGGAUGUGGAACUGUGUCUCUUCCGGUUGAACUACACUUCCCUUGAGGCGUUUCGGACGCACGUGUCCGGGACAGGAAGCUUCCUUACACACACACUCACGCAGUCUGGGAGCGGGCAGCAUGUCGGUGUUUAUGGACCUGAACCUGCGGCCCACGGCGGAGCGCAGCACCCUGCAGAGCCUGCUGGACACCGCCGCGCACCUUGGAUACUCAGCAGUCGCCAUCAACUACGUGUUCGAACCCACGAGCAAAAAGAAACAGGAAAUCCCCAAACCGACGCCGACCUCCGAGCUGUUCGACAAACUGCCCACAGUCCAGGGUCGGUCUCGACCAAUCAGAGUGCUGAACAGACUGACCAUCGUGGCCUCAGACGCCAGUCACUUUAGGCCCAGUGCUCCAGAGUUUCGCAGCUUCGACCUGCUGGCCAUCCACCCGACCUCAGAGAAGCUCUUCCAUGCUGCCUGCAUGACGUUUGAUGUGGACAUCAUCUGUGUCACGGUGACAGAGAAACUUCCUUUCUUCUUCAAGAGAGCUCCGGUCAGCGGGGCGGUGGAGCGUGGCCUGGUCUUUGAGCUGUGUUACGUUCCUGCCAUCAGAGACUCGACCACGCGGCGCUACACCAUCGCCAACGCCGUCUGUCUGCUGGAGAGCUGCAAGGGCAGGAACGUGAUCCUGUCCAGCGGAGCAGAGAAGCCCCUGGAGCUCAGAGGUCCGUAUGACAUCGCCAACCUAGGUUUGCUGUUUGGUUUGUCAGAAGGCGACGCCAAAGAAGCCGUUUCCUCCACCUGCCGCUCUGCAGUACUGCAUGGAGUACACACACUACAAGUAUCAGCAGACACUCGAGCUCCUGCCUCCUGUUGUCAGAAACCAGGAAGACCGCCAGCGGCACCGUCUACACCAAGAGACUGUGCACAGGCCCCGCCCACCAGGCCUGCACAGGCCCCGCCCACCAGGCCUGUACAGACUCCACCCACCAGGCCUGUACAGACUCCACCCACCAGCAGGAAGUCACCGAUCCCGGGUCAGAGGCUGCAGACGAACCUGCAGCCAAGAGAGCCAGACCCGCCCCCGCAGUGACGGACAGCACCGCCCCCGCAGUGACGGACAGCACCGCCGGCCAAUAGGAGGGCACUGUGCCAGCGCUGGCAGGCGGCCAUGUUGGAUGUACUGACGGAGGCGAGCAGGAAGUGGCAUGUGCAGACAGGAAGUGGCGUGUGUCGAUGCUCCUGUGUUGAUCACAAAACGCCGCGUGGAACGAUGAUCAGUGUGAAAACUGACAAUAUCAAACAGAAACCAGCUCCCUGGGCUUUUUUACACAUCAAUACACAUCACACAUCGAUCUCACACACACACACACACACACACACACACACAUACACACACACACACACACACACACACUGCUCACUGUGAGCCCCGUCCUCCAGGCUCUCAGGUUCCUCAGCAACAUGAAGAAAAGAAUCAAUGCUGGGGGGUGGGGGGUGGGGGGGGUGCAGAGCAUGAACAUGUUCUCAGCGGGACGGUCCCACAGCCGAGAGGAGCCUCCUGGAGAAGGUCCAGGCGGGACGGACUCCGCUGAGGCGCUGACGGAGCCGUUAGGGGCGUUUUCCUCUUGGAAAGAUUUGUUUAUAUUUUGGGGGGGAUUAGUAUUCCCGCCACAAGGGGGCAGUGUGUGUGGGGUCACUGUGCAUUGAUUUGUUAAUGUGAUGAAUUUAAUAUAGAUAUUUAGAAAAAAGCUCAUUUAUGUUUGUUUCACAGGAGGAACUGAAAUGUUUGGUUGAUUAAAUGACUGGCAGAUCUUGUUGAUUGGUUGAUUGGAUAUUAAUCCAUUACUGAAGCCACGCCCUCUUUUUGUAUCCACUCAGAUUAAACACCACAGGAAGUUGACA